AGUUAAUAUAAUCUUGUGAUCGAAGCCUGCAUUUAAAAUUUUUGAUCUUUGAUCUUCUGUGUCAUACCUCUUUGUUAUUUUCAGGUAAAAAGUUAAAAUGAAAAUGGCUAACGGCAUCUGUAUCGGAUCUCAGGAAUUCUUCAAUCUCAAAGAAAUGAGACACAUCGUGAAAAAUCUGGACAAAAAUUCAAAAACCUAUGAUCAUAUUUUAGAUGCUAUUGGGAAAACACCAAUGGUGAAACUAUCCAAGAUACCAAAGGACGAAGGCUUGAAGUGUGACAUGUAUGCAAAAUGUGAAUUCGUGAAUCCUGGCGGUUCAGUGAAAGACCGCAUAGCUUAUAGAAUGGUUUUGGAUGCUGAGAAGAAGGGAAUAUUGAAACCUGGAAAAUCUGUGAUUGUUGAACCAACUUCUGGAAACACUGGAAUUGGACUAGCUUUAGCAGCGGCUGUGAGAGGCUACAGAUGUAUAAUUGUUUUACCGGAAAAGAUGUCAAAUGAGAAAGUGCUCACCUUGCAUGCUUUGGGAGCCGAGAUCAUCAGAACACCCACUGAAGUGGCGUGGGACUCCCCUGAGAGUAACAUCAUGGUCGCUAAACGCUUGUCCACAGAAAUCCCGAACGCUGUAUUGUUAGAUCAGUAUAACAACGCUAGCAAUCCGUUAGCCCAUUAUGACGGAACCGCUGAAGAGAUACUCUGGUCUCUGGAUAAUGAUGUCGACAUGGUGGUAUUGGGAGCGGGCACCUGUGGUACCAUAUCUGGAAUUGCUCACAAGAUUAAGGAAAAGUGCCCAAAAUGCGUGGUAGUUGGAGUAGACCCACACGGCUCCGUGCUGGCCCCACCAGAUAAACUUAAUGAAAAUGACGUAGAAAUAUAUGAGGUAGAAGGAAUCGGCUACGAUUUCUUACCACAAGCGUUAGAUCUUAAAAUAAUAGACAAAUGGAUAAAAACAGAGGACAAGUGGUCCUUCCAGAUGGCGAGAAGACUUAUCAAGGAGGAAGGACUGCUUUGCGGAGGUAGCAGUGGCGCCGCUAUGUGGGGUGCCAUACAAGCAGCGAAGUCUUUAGUGGCGGGUCAGAAAUGCGUGGUUCUAUUACCGGAUAACAUACGCAACUAUAUGACAAAAUUCCUCACUGACCAAUGGAUGGAGGUCCGCGGAUACAAAUCCAUCGAAAGUAAUGAUAAUUUAUGGUGGUGGAACAAACCUUUGACGGAAGGUUUAGUGCGUAUCACAAAGAAUAUACGUCAGAACAGCACAACUUCGGAGGCGAUAAAAGCUUUGAGGGAAAGUGACUCGUUAAUCGUCAAUAUCGUUAAUGACAAAGGUUCAAUCACUGGAAUAUUUAGUGGAGACAACGCUAGACGGAGACUGGCUCAUUUGUCAGGAUCCACAGAAGAGCCUCUUGAUAAAUUUACAGUAAAGAAGUUUUACAAAGUGGACCUCUCUGACAGUCCAACGCUGGGCUGUGUAUCGAGAAUACUGGAUAUAGCACCUUAUGUUGUGGUCGUCAAAUCAGAUGAGCAUCACGUUCAAAAACCGCUCGGCUACCUGACGUCUGAAGAUCUACUAGCAUGUAUCACAGAUAAAAACCACGAUCUGAAUGGAAAAUGAAAGAAGAUUAUAAUAUAUCUAUCAUUAAGAUUUAUUUCAAGUGAUAUUUAUUAAUCAGUAUCAUUUUAUUUUAACACAAAUUAUAUUCUAUACAUUAGUAUUUUAUUUUAACAUAAUAAUAAUAUGAAUAAUUUUUCUUGUCGUGAAAAUUGUAUGUUACAAGAUUUAAUAAUAAAACGGCUACUAUGUU